ACAGGCCGGAACAACUCGUAACGUCCCACACGUGGCUUGGGCCCCGCAGCUUUUUGCUGGUUUUCCAGGCGAUGCCGUCUGGGGGAAUGACAGGGACGAUCCGGGGAGAACGAACGGCCAUCAACACCCAGGACUCUUCUUAAAAGAGCAGAUAGACCCGCUGUCUAGGAUGUGCAGCUCAGAUCCGCAGAAGUGGACAUCUUGACACCAUGGCAAAGGACAUUGAAACCCAGGAGGGCCACAGGCAUCUUGCGCAUAGCCAUGCGCACGAAAUAGACGUUCCGGGAACUGUUGACCUGAGGGCAGUGGAAGGAGAUGAUACGGCAUAUGGACAGGCACUUUAUCCGGUGCCUGCUGAUGAUCCCAAUGAUCCCCUGCAGUGGCCGAACUGGAAGAAAACGAUGAUCCUGAUCAUCGUCUCAGUGUACUCGUUUCUCGGAAAUACAUCACUGGUCGGACCAUCAGUGUAUAUCACUAUGUACAGCAAGGAAUUCGGGAUCUCUCCUGCAGUGGCUUCCGGACUGGUCUCGUAUCCGAACCUCGCGUUUGGCUUCAGUUCCCUUGUCUUAGUACCUCUAUAUCUGAAAAUCGGGCGACGUCCUGUGACGUUAUUUUCUAUGGCAAUGUUCCUUGCUGGCCUCAUUGGUGCCUCCCGCGCGACCAGCUAUAGUGGUCUCAUGGUCGCCCGUGUCUUCCAUGCGUUCGGAAGUGGAGUCUGUGAAUCUCUCCCUGUUCAACUUGUCAACGACAUCUUCUUCCUACACGAGCGUGGCAAGCGCAUUGGAUACUAUACAGUCUGCCUCUGUCUCGGAGCUACUGGUCCCUUGUAUGCUGGAUACAUGCUCGCAGGUGGUUACUCAUGGCGACUCUUCUUCUACGUCGAGAGCGCCUUCGCCGCGGCACUGCUCAUCCUCGCAUUUUUCAUCGUCGAAGAAACAACCUACAAGCGACCGGAACCAGGAACAGAAUCUCCCCUGCCCAGCGUGAACGAGAGUGAGGAAAAGAUCCAGGGAGCAACUCAAAUGGAAAACGUCACGCCGGUUGUGCUGCCCGAACGCAAAUCCUUCAUCGAGACUCUCAAACCAUGGAGUUCCAUUGACCCAGAUGCCCAAUUCUUCGUCACGAUGUUCAGGUCGUUCACUUAUUUCUUUGUCCCGGCCGUCUUCUGGGUCAUUUCGAGUUUCGGUAUAUACAUUGGCCUUGGGGCUCUGGCCUUCAACUACACCUUCCCAUUGAAAAUCACGCAGCCACCAUAUAACUGGAGUGAGACUAGCUCCGGCCUCAUCGCUGUCGGCACUAUAGUCGGCUACGUCCUCGCCCUCCCAUUCACCUCCAGCUCCGACCGCCUCGCAGCAUACUACACCCGGCGCAAUGGCGGCAUCCGCGAAGCCGAGAUGCGUCUAGGCGUGAUGCUUCCCGCCAUGCUCAUUGCCCCCGCAGGUCUAGUCCUAUACGGCUUCACAGCCCAGCGCGACCUACACUGGAUCGGCUACUUCGCAGGCGUCGCGAUGGACCAAUUCGGCUCCUACUUCUACUUCACCUUCACGCUCGCAUAUGCUGUCGAUUCAUACUACACGAAUACAUCUGAGAUGUUGAUCGCGAUGAAUCUAGGCAAGCAAGCUAUUUCCUUCGGGAUGAGUUCGUAUCUCCUCGAUUGGAUCCUGGCGAACGGAUACGCGGUGGUGGUUGCGGGUAUCUUUGGCGGGGUGUUGUUGGCGAAUAAUAUGGCGUUGUUGGUUUUUAUGAUCUUCGGAAAGAGAAUUAGGAGAUGGACGUCGCAGUCGUGGUUGGGACGGUUGCAUACGAAGUCGGCGACGAGGGGGAUGACGCAUUAGGUAUAAUAUAACUAUGUCUUGGAUCUUGUAUUUUUUGAUUCCUACUUUCUCUUCAGCCUGGUUAACUAGUGGUUGGAAUGAAUAAUCCGCCGUUACUAUAUACUAACUAAGCCUCA